AUGUCUUGCCUGCAAGGAGAAUCCAGGCCACAAGCUCGAGAUGUAAGACUAAACGCUGGUUGCAAAGAAUGUGGUGGGCCCCACCAUUCGUUAUUACACGGAGCUGAUCGGCAGUUUCCGGAAUCAUCAACCAAUAAAGGUAACAAGCCUCACGUACUUCUCGUUAAAUCCAUAGAUAGCGGUGUACGGCCAGUUUUAUUGGGUAUUGUUAAACUGUUGGUUGAAACAUUUGACUCAGUUCGCACAACCUAUGCUGUCCUUGAUCCGGGUAGCGAAGCAACCCUCGUAACACGCAACUUGGCAAACUCGCUAAAUCUGAAAGGUCCAACUUUGCUCGUUCGCUUCGGUUCGUUCUACGACUCGCUUUUAAUCGAAUCCAAUGUAUUAACGUUCAAACUUAGCUCACUGGAUGGGAAACAAACCUUGGAGGCGUCCAACGUCUUAGUCGUCCCAAAAAUUACUCUGUCCCGGCGUAAAAUUGAUUGGCCCAGUAUCAAAACUAAUUGGGAACACUUGUCUGGCCUCGAACUUCCUAGUAUCGAUUCGUCCAAAGUCGAAGUUUUAAUCGGAAUGGAUUUUCCAUCCGCUCAUCGAACGCUCCGAGUCGCCUUACCGAUCGAAGGUGAAGAUGGCCCUACAGCGCACCAGACUUGCUUCGGUUGGGCCGUUGUUGGCAAAAUACCUCGAUGUCUCGUUACCGGCCCUAGUAAGAAGCGAAGCGUUAAUUUAGGUUACGUACAACUCCACUCGUCGGCUUUCGAAGCUUCGGGAAACUCGCAAUCAGCAAAGCCAUGCAAAAAUUCACCCGAGCCUCCAGCUGCUAACUCCAUUUCCGACGAAGACGAUCAAAUGGUAGCCAUCAUCAAUCGGUCUAUGACGCGCUUAAAAUGUGGUUACCAGAUCGAGCUGCCAGUAAAACCGAACCACCCGUUAAUUCCCAACAACAGAAGCCAAGCUCUUUUGCGUUUCUAUGGACUUGAACGUCGCCUUCUUGACCCGAAUAUGCGUGGCCUCGCCAAACAAGACGAACAAAAGAUAGAUAAUCUCAUCGCUUCCGGCACUGUAGUCCUUGUGGAUCGGUCAGAAAUCGACAAACCGGCGGGUUUUAUUUGGCAUUUACCGCAUUUCUUCGUCGUAAACAACAACAAACCGGAUAAAGAGAUUCGAGUCGUUUUCGACUGCGCCGCUCGUUACAAGGGAAUAUCUCUCAACUGUUUUCUAUUGCGUGGACCCCAAUCUAUUCCUUAUCUGGUUGGUAUCCUACUUCGAGCGCGCCAGCAUUCCGUCGCCCUUUCGGCCGAUAUUACUUCAUUUUACCAUCGUAUCGGUGUUGACAAAAAACAUCAGUCACUUAAACGCUUCGUUUUUCGCAAAUUUGGCAGCAAUUCUCCGAUCCUCACGUACCAGUUCACGACGUUAGUAUUUGGUGAAAUUUGUGCAUCAUCUGCCGCCGUUCAAACCUUGCAACGCGCAGCGAACGACAACGUCCGUUUUCCCCACGUUGCCACCAGAUUAAAAGACAAUUUUUACUCCGAUAACUUUUGUGACUCUUUCGAAACUGAGCAGGAGGCUUUAAAUUUUGCGAAAGAUGUGACGGAAUCUCUCGCGUCUGGUGGUUUCGCGUUAACCGGUUUUGCUUCAUCUUCCUUGCGAGUUAUCAACAGUAUACCAGCGCAUCUUAGAUCGACACCAAUAGCGGAUCUUAACCCGAACGCCUCGCCGGUUGACUUUAUUUUUGGCAUGGAGUGGCAUCUCAUCGACGACUCUUACAGAAUCAGGGUAAAGCAAAUGCCCGAAGUAUCUACAAAGCGGGAAUUGCUAUCAGCCAUUUCCUUGACUUUCGACCCUCUCGGUAUUUGCCUUCCAGUGAUGUCAGGAGCGAGGCUCCUGUUUCAACAUAUCCAUCGAUUAGAGCGCGAGAAGAAAAUGCCUCGUGGCUGGGACCACCCAUUGCCUGAAGAAGUUCUGGCAAAGUGGAAAGAAUGGACGAAAGGACUGAACAAGCUGUCUCUUAUGUAUGUCAGCCGCUGCUUCCGCCCGACCGAAUUUCCUCUCGACAAAUCAGUGUUUACGCUAAUUAUUUUUGCAGACGCCUCAUCAGUAGCAUACGGAGCCGUCGCUUAUCUUCACGUGAAGUACGGAAGCAGAACGCACGUCAGUUUUAUUAUGGCAAAAGGCCGCCUCGCGCCUCUCACCCCUAUUACGAUUCCGCGACUCGAGCUAAAAGCCGCCGUCCUGGCCGUUCAAAUCUCAGCAAUUAUCAAGAAGGAGCUUCGGCUCAUCAUCUCCGCGACGGAGUUUUAUUCGGACUCAGAAAUAGUGCUACAUCAGUUGCGCACCAGCCGCCCUCGUCAAACAGCGUUCGUCACGGCAAAAAGAAAUGAAAUUCUUGCACACACGUCGGCAGACCAUUGGCAUUAUGUCUGCAGCGAAGACAAUCCCGCGGACGCUUGCACACGGGGCGUUGUUCCAAAAGAUUUUGGGCCAGACUGUCAAUGGAUCACCGGACCUAGGUUUUUGUCGGAUCCAGCGUUCGUCCCAGUAGCGUUCCAUCCGCCUUCCGUUUUUGAUGAUGAUGAGACGGAGCAAGUCGUUAGUGUCGUAUCUAAACUAAUUGCUCAAAGUACCCAGCUCAACAUCUUGAAACGUGAUGUCGCCCAAGCGCUACGGACUGACCCGGAUUCCGUCAAGGAACCAACCGCCGAUGAGCUUGCUAAUGCCUUUCGCCUCUGCCUAGCCAUCUCGCAAGAAGAGGCAUUUCCGCGCGAGACCGAUGCUCUGGCAAAGGGCGCCUCGAUUCCCAGAAAUUCGACCCUGAAGCGAGUGGGGCCAUACAUCGACCCCGUCGACGGUUUAUUGAAGGUCGUCGUCUGUCGGCGAACUGUUAAAAGAUAUGGUUUGCUAAUAACCUGCCUCUCCACUAGGGCCGUGCACCUAGAGGUACUAGACACAAUGGAUGCCGACUCUUUUAUAAUGGCACUGCGCCGCUUCAUCUCCCUCCGCGGUCACCCUAAAGUGAUAUUCAGCGAUAAUGGCACAAACAUCGUCGCGGGAGAAAAGGAGCUGCGAGAAGGAAUCAACAACCUAAAUUCUGUUCGGGUUACAACUGAGAUGAUUGACCGAGGGAUCGAUUGGCGUUUUUCGCCACCGUCAGCACCAUCGUUUGGUGGCAUUUGGGAGAGACUAAUUAGUUCAAGCAAGAAGGCCAUGAAGGCCAUUCUGGAAAAUCGAUCCGUCACCGACGAAGUUCUGCGGACAGUUUUCGCAGAAGUCGCGUCCUUGUUGAACUCCCGCCCUCUAACGAACGUCCCGACCGACCUGGCAGAACCAGAGCCUCUCACUCCCUUUCACUUUAUCUUGGGCUGUGCAAAUCCACACCAGGCCCCUGACUCUGAAAGCGCCUUUGACGGACUCUCAAGAAGAAAAUGGAAGCAGGCGCAAUUCAUUACCGACCAGUUUUGGAGACGCUGGAUGCGUGAGUACCUGCCCAGCUUGAUUGAAAGGAAGAAGUGGGACAAAUCGGUCCGACCGCUCCGUGUCGGCGACAACGUCUUGAUAAUGGACGAAAACACUCGAAGAGGAGAGUGGCUUACUGGACAGAUAACAAAAGUCUUUCCCAGUAGCGAUAACGUUAUAAGGAAGGCUGCCGUCAAGACCGCUCGAUCCGUACUAAUCCGCCCCGUUCUUAAAUUAUGCUACAUUUCAGGUCCUCGCCCGCAGGAUUGA